CAAAUUUGCCAAAUGGAGGGCGAGCUUUAUAUUCUUCCCUCUAUGUGGAGUAAAAUUGAUCUAGAGUUUUUUUCCGCUGAUGAUAAAAUUUAACUCAAUUUAACUCAUCUUCUGGACUGUUUUACUGAUACAUUUUAAUCAAACGUACUUCGGUAAGUUAGUUCGUAUUACUUUCUAUUUCUAACUUAUUUGGCAAUAUUCAGAUUCACAGCACGACUGCAAAGAAGCCCACCUGGAAAUCGACCAUGUUUUCUUGUAGAUGACGUCAUGACGCCACGUCGAAGUAGCCAGCCAAAGAGGGAGUAGUCCACCACUUUGUUUAGGCGACCAACGCUUUUGGACUUAGCUACUAACACCAAUAUUAACCUUGUAUUAUCUAGUUUACUAGUUGCUGUAGACUACUAUCAAAAAACUAGAUCGACAAUGUCAUUUGCAGACGAUGUCGGAUGGACAUGGUCCGCAGAUGAGACAAAGGCGCUGAUCUCGGUAUGGUCAGACGAGCAGAUUCUUCUGAAGAUGGAGCAAACGUACAGAAACAAACAUGUUUACAGCGAAAUUUCGGAGCGGCUAAAAGACCUUGGUGUCAAACGGACGUGGAAGCAGUGCCAAAACAAGAUUAAGGCCUUGAAGUGGAGAUACAGAGAAACACUGAGAAACCCAAGCAGUAGCCGACCGUGUCCGUUCUUUUCUGAACUGCACGAAUUUCUCGCCGCCAUGCCUGACAUGCCUGAGUCCAAGGAAACUGACGAGGAGGAAGAUAAUGGUCUUCCUCUGUCGUCUCUGCGUCUUUUGGUUCCUCCACUGCGGCUGGUGUCGGCAGCUCUAUGGCAGGUUGUUCAGCGGAGAGACACGAUGGACUACGGCUUGGUGGAGGAGUUUGUCACCACCGUUUUGGAGAUGAUCCCUGAUCUGAUGAGUUACAGAGAGAAAGUACAACUCAUCAUGGGGCUGCGAGCACAGCUGGUUCUGGAGUUGUGUCGCUCUGAUAGUUCAGCCGACCCAGAGACCAUCCAGCCACACCUGAGCAGGAUGAGGACCUGCAUCAUCACUCAUAGAGAAAAGGAGAUAGAUACAGAGGUGGAGGCAUCGGAAUCAAACUUCUUGGAACUCGUCCAAACUCUUCUCGAUGACCCAAUUGAGAGAGAACACUUCUUCCAGGAUGUUUUUCCAGAAGAAUUCGGGCCCAGGUAUGACGCAGCACUGCAGACUCUGAUGUGGGAGUUCCUCAUCAGGCUGGAGAAGUUGCUUCCAAUGCCAACCUUUCAACAGACUGUAUCAUGGCUCAGACCUGCCCCCUCUGUGCUGAAGGAGUGUGCACAUUCUGUGACUCAACCUCAGCCUUUGAAGACUCUUCUUCAGCACAACAGAUGCCAUGGCCAUUUGUUCACUAAUGCUCCUUCAUCUGGUGCCGACGAUCGUAUCCUCUCUUCACUGUCUCACUCGCUCUCAGAGAGGAUAGAAAUGGACAUUGAUGAAGCACGCUCGCAUAGCCAGUCUUUAUCCACGUGUGCAUCCAGAAAGGACGGGGACACUUUGAUAGCGCAAGGUAAUGUAGAGAAGGAGCUGGGGAUGAGUUUGGACACGGUUAAGAAGGCAGUGGAAAUGGUGGAUGGAAGAACAGAGGAAUGGGGAGAGAACGACUAUGAGGAGAGACUGCGACAUGACUUGGCUUAUGAUGUUUUAAAGGUAGAGAUUGUAGAUGGAGAAGACAUGUCCUCGACAUCAUCGUUGACAGCAGACGACGUCGGGUGGACCUGCUGGACACCUGAGGAGACAAAGUCGCUCAUCUCUGUAUGGUCGGAUGAACAGAUUCUUCAUAAGAUGGAGCAGAGCUAUAGAAAAAGACAUGUUUACAGUGAGAUAUCGGAGUGUCUAAAGGAGCUUGGUAUCAGAAAGACAACCAAGCAGUGCCACAAUAAGAUAAAAGCCUUGAAGUGGAGAUACAGAGAAACACUGAGGAACCCAAGCAGCCGACCGUGUCCUUUCUUUUCUAAACUGCACAAAUUUCUUGCCGCGGUGCCUGAUAUGCCUGGGUCCAAGGAAACUGGCAAGGUUUCAGAUGGAGAAGUCAUGUCUUUGGAUCGGGAUGAAGGGCCUUCUGUGGCUGUCGAGUUGGCGCCUCAACGUGAGGAAAUGGUUUCCAGAAAAGUGAAAGGCAAGACACUCCCCGGAGAGCAAACCAAAGAGAAAAAUGAGGAUGAAACAUUUUGCAUCCCUCAGAGUGACAUCAAGAUGAAAAGCCCCCCCAAAAAACAUUGUCGCAAACAGAUGGUUGAAGACAUGUCUUCUACAACAUCGGCAGACAAUGACACACGGACCUGGACCCUGGAGGGGACGAAAGCACUGAUCUCCGUGUGGUCAAACAAACAGGUUCUUCAGAUGAUGGAGCAGAGUUACCGAAAGAAACAUGCGUACAGUGAAGUUUCAGAGCGGCUAAAGGACAUCGGCAUCAAAAGGACGUGGAAGCAGUGCCAAUCCAAGAUGAAGCACAUGAAGCACAGCUACAGACAAGCACUGAGGAACCCAAGCAGUAGUGGCCGAGCGACCUGUCCGUUCUUUUCUGAACUGCACACAUUUCUCGCCAACAUGCCUGAUAUGCCUGAUUCCGAGGGAACUGGCAAGGUUUCAGAUGGCGAAGUCGUGUCUUCGGAUCAGGAUGAAGGGCCUUCUGUGGAGUUGGAUCAUCGACAUGAGAAAAGGGCGUCUAGAAAAGUGGAAGUCAAGGCACUCCCCGGAGAGCAAACAGACGAGAGAAAAGGGGAUGAAAGUGACAGCAGAAUGAAUAGUGGAAGAAAACAACAGGUGGUUGAAGACGUGUCUGAUUUAGAACUUCAGUCCGUGGUGCUGCUGACCCAACUUGAUGACAACAGUCAUAUGACAGAGCAGUCUCCUAAAAGAAGCAAGCGUGCCAAAACGUGCUCCUUAUGUGGGAAGAGUUUUGUUGACGCAAAGGAUUUGACAACGCACAUGCGAAGUCACACUGAGCAGAGCCCUCACCAGUGCACCCAGUGUGGGGAAGGCUUUGACCAUCAGGACGACUUACAACAACAUCAGCAGCAGGAGUGUGAGGAGAUGAUGAAACGACAGGAGGUCAAUGAACACCAGCAUGGAAAGAAUGACAGGAUAUCAGGACAGUCCAGUAAUGCAAGUAGUGAUCCCAAAACAUGCCAUCUAUGCCAUAAGACUUUUGAAUUUCAAUAUAUGUUGAGAAGUCAUCUUAUCAUAUUUCACAAAGGCAAAAUACUUUUUAAGUGUCCUCUUUGUCUGAAGGGUUUUGCCUUCCUCCGGGAUUUGAAGAAACACCAGAGUAACAAAAGAUGUUGUCCUACAAGUGAAGCCGUCAAAAAAAAACGAUCAAAAAGCCCUUCUGCUCGCAUCAUUCCAGAACUUUCCUUAAAUGCAAAUAAUUCCAAAACAUGCCCUGUAUGCCAUGCAACGUUUUCACAAACGUCUAGUUUGAAAAGCCACUUUCUUCACCAUCACGCCUCAGACAAAAGCCGCUUUAAGUGUCCCAGUGCUUUGAAGGCUUUUGUAUCCCACAGUCAAAGGAAGAGACACCAGCAGAGCAAAAGAGGUUGUCGGUUAGAGAGAGUUUACAAACAUGGGACUAAGCCAGCAUGGUCACUGGCUCCAAGGGAAAAUAAAAAUGACAUUCCUCAGCCUUCCAGUACAGCAACCCAGGAACCACCAAUCUCUCAAGCCUCCACCACUACAGCACAGUCCUCUAAUAAAAAGACAAUUCCUAAAGCAUGUCCUCUAUGCCAUAAGACUUUUAAAUUUGAAGCUACGAUGGUAAGGCACAUUGCUUCACACCAAAAGGAAAGUCUCAACAAGUGUCCUGACGUCUUGAAGUGCACAUUUUGUGACGAGAUUUUUUCUCAGGGCAUGGACCUGAAGAGCCACUACAGUCGUACUCAUCAAUUUACGGGACCGUUCCCCUGUCCUUCUUGUCAGAAGACUUUUGUUUCGUUAACUGAGCUGCGCUUACAUCAGAGAAAUGAGUCCACUCCUUACCAGUGCUCAGUGUGCCAGCGACUAUUCCGAACACAGUACACCCUGACUAUUCACGAGCGAAUUCACACAGGGGAGAAACCAUUCCUCUGCGCUGAGUGUGGAAAGGGUUUCCGGAGUGAAAAACUACUGCAAUCGCACUCUAAGAGUCAUGUCGAGGGAAAACCCCACGCUUGCGCCACUUGUGGGAAAAGGUUCCAGAGAAAAGAGCUAUUGAAACAACACAUGUUGCAUCACACAGAUGCUGCUUUCAUCUGCCCAGACUGUGGGAAGAAGUUUUUUCAGUUGGUAUGGUUAAGAAGGCAUAUGUUAAUGCACACUGGCGAGAGACCGUUCCUCUGUGACCUCUGUGGAAAGGGUUUCAAAUCUACGGCUGAAUUGAGGAUACACACCCGGACACACACUGGAGAACGGCCAUUCAAGUGUCCAGAAUGUGGCAAAGGUUGUAGGCAGAAGAGUGAGCUGCAGGAGCAUCUGCGGAGGCACACAGGGGAGCGGCCGUAUCCAUGCACAGUGUGCGAUAAACGCUUUUAUGUCAGCAAAGAUAGAAAACGACAUAUGCUCAUACAUACUGGAGAGAAGCCGUUCAAAUGUCAAGCAUGUGGCAUGGCUUUCAACCGUAAAGCACUUUUGAGGGUACACCAAAAAAACAAGUCGUGUUUAUAUAGCCACACAAGUCCCCUACAUUACACUCCCCUACAUUACACAUCAUUGUAAUAUUUGGGGAUUUGUGUGGCGUGAUCAGUGUUGGGAUUCAUUACUUAGAAAAGUAAUCUAUUGUUACAUUUAAGAAAAUUAAUCUUGUCAAGUUACGAUAUUGUUGCAUGAAAAGUAAUAUAUUACAUAUUACUUGUUGUGAUUGUGUUUCUUUUCUUCCGCUGUCCAUUCAAUACCAUGAAGCUCCACUAUAGGCCUACCUGUAUCAGAUGAGCAAAGCCACACCUAAGGUGCUAUCCUAGGUGCUGAAUCCUUCAUUCACAAUUACAAUUGAUAGCCUGAUUGUCACCCAUCAGACUUGUGAAUUUAAUCUGGUCUCUAGACUGCAUCUAUUGUUAUUAUGUGUGAAGUUAUGUUCAAUAUAGUUUAGGUGUAGUUUUGAUUGGCCGUUAGUCAACUGUCGGGUGAAGGAAGGGCAGCGUGGGGGGAAAAUACAUAUCUUCCUUAAAGUGCUUAGAACACACUCUUGAUUGUAAUAUCGAAAUUCUAACGUCAGUCAGUGUGUUAAAUAGACUUAUUUAGGAAAGGUCAAGGACAGAGGAGGUAUGACUUUAUUACAAUGCAUUUUGUGUAGGGUUUAUAUGACACGGUUUGCAUUCACCUUCAGCAGGUUAAUGCGGCGGGUUAUUUGAAGUCAUCCUUGUUGUCACUUGAUAGCCUGUAUUUAGUGGCUUUAAUGUACAUUUCGUUUCGUAAGGCUGCCUAAAUGUUUAUGGCCAAUAGGCCUAUUCCUUUGUAUAUUAAAAUAUAAUUUUGUUGUGAUCAAACAUUGGAUUUAUCAUUUUGAUUGUUUAUAUGGACAUUUUGUAAGAACAAAAUAUUGUUUAGGCAUGUGCAUCUUUUGUUUAUUAUCAUAAUGCCUAUAGAUUUCUCCUCUUUCACGAAUUUCUGGAACUUAGGCUUCCAGCUUUUGUGCCUUUCUGCAUGACCUCCAGAUGCUAUUUUAGAUUUGAUGUGGUGUUUCUGGACGAAGAGAUCAAUGCUUGCUGCCUGUGCAGAGUUUGCAUUUGACUAAAACGUUGUCCUCUUUCUCUUCGACUAAGUAAAAGUAAUGGGAGUAUUUUCACGAGGAAAAGGAUAAGCAGGGUAACAACACAGCUGCCAUCUAUCUAUAUAUAUCACAGCAAAAAAAGAAACGUCCUCUCACUGUCAACUGCGUUUAUUUUCAGCAAACGUAACGUGUAAAUAUUUGUAUGAACAUAACAAGAUUCAAGAACUGAGACAAACUGAACAAGUUCUACAGACAUGUGACUAACAGAAAUGGAAUAAUGUGUCCCUGAACAAAUGGGGUCAAAAUCAAAAGUAACAGUCAGUAUCUGGUGUGGCCACCAGCUGCAUUAAGUACUGCAGUGCAUCUCAUGGACUGCACCAGAUUUGCGAGUUCUUGCUGUGAGAUGUUACCCCACUCUUCCACCAAAGCACCUGCAAGUUCCCGGACAUUUCUGGGGGGGGAUGGCCCUAGCCCUCACCCUUCGAUCCAACAGGCCCCAGACGUCCUCAAUGGGAUUGAGAUCCGGGCUCUUCGCUGGCCAUGGUAGAACGCUGACAUUCCUGUCUUGCAGGAAAUCAUGCACAGAACGAGCAGUAUGACUGGUGGCAUUGUCAUCCUGGAGGCUCAUGUCAGGAUGAGCCUGCAGUAAGGGUACCACAUGAGGGAGGAGGAUGUCUUCCCUGUGACGCACAGCAUUGAGAUUGCCUGCAAUGACGACAAGCUCAGUUCGAUGAUCCUGUGACACACCGCCCCAGACCAUGAUGGACCCUCCACCUCCAAAUCGAUCCCGCUCCAGAGUACAGCCCUCGGUGUAAUGCUCAUUCCUUCGACGAUAAAAGAGAAUCUGACCAUCACCCCUGGUGAGCCAAAACCGCGACUCAUCAGUGAAGAGCACUUUUUUGCCACGACGGUGGGUUUGUGCCCAUAGGCGACGUCGUUGCCGGUGAUGUCUGGUGAGGCCCUGCCUUCCAACAGGCCUACAAGCCCUCAGUCCAGCCUCUCUGAGUUUAUAUACAGAGUAUACCAAACAUUAGGAACACCUUUAAUUUGUAAGGGAAUGAACUGUACAAGGUGUCGAAAACAUUCCACAGGGAUCCUGGCCCAUGCUGACUCUAAUGCUUCUCACAGUUGUCAAAUUGACUGGAUGUCCUUUGUGUGGUGGACCAUUCUUGACGGGAAACUGUUGAGCUUGAAAACCCUAGCAGCGUUGCGGUUCUUGACAAAAGCCGGUGUGCCUGGCACCUACUGCCAUACCACAGGUUUUCAAGUCCGGAGACUAAGAUGACCAUUGCAAAAUGGCUUUCAAAGGCACUUCAAUCUUUUGUCUUGCCCAUUCACCCUCUGAAUGGUACACAUACACAAUCCAUGCCUCAAUUGUCUCAAGGCUUAAAAAUCCUUCUUUAACCUGUCACCUCUUUAUCUACACUGAUUUGAAGUGGAUUUAACAAGUGACAUCAAUAAGGGAUCCUAGACUGACCAGGUGAAUGCUAUUUCAUGGGAAGAACAUGUUUUGUACACUCAAUGUAUAACACACUGUGAGAUAUGAUGAAAGUAAAGGACUCGUUACUUGAAAAAUGUAACUAUUGCAAUAUUUGAAGACAACUCGUUAUAUUACUCCGUUACGCACAGAAGUAAUAUAUUACUGUAACACGUUACCUCCAACACUGGCCUUGAUGAGCAUUAGCUUGAUGUUUUUAUAGCAUUAAUGUCUUGUCUUUAUUGAAGGUAGCAUCAUUGUUGUUAUUCCAAGAUAAAUCACGCUGUGCCAGGUGUUGGAAAGGUUUCCUGUCUGUGAUCGAACUGACCCUGCAUUUCUUUUUUGGGUACCUAAAUAAAAAUGUAAUAAAGGA